AUGGUGAUCCCCAGCACCAGAAAGGGACAUGCUGGAUCUCGUGAUAACUUUGCCAACUCAAAUCAUCACGGGGACGAGGUGAGUGGUCGAUCUGAUCGAUGGUCCCCAGGCGGGUGGAACUAGAGAUGAACCUAUUUUCGAGCGUGACCUCACAAUAGAAGCUGCGCAACUCGAUUAGGAAACAAAGAGCAUUCCUUGUUGCUUCUUUUUAGGCGCAUGCUUUUCUCUUUUUUUAGAUUGUGCACAGACUCAACAAUGGCAGACGUUCUGAGGUGGAAGAGCCGAAGCCGGAUCUUGUCUCGGGCGCCGGGGAUGCGGUUAUCAAGCUGAACAUCGGAGGAACAUCGUUUCGGAUUCGAGUAUCGAGUAUAUUUGCAAGGUCUGCAGAUGAAAAGUUGUCGACAUUCGCUCAGUUGACCCACGAGCAAAGACUUCAGGCCUGUGACGCGUUUCUUUUGGUUUGUAAAGCGAGAUGGAUUGGAUUAAAGUAGAAUGAAGAAAGCUUUCAGCCACAAGAGGAAUACUACUUCGAAAGAUCUGGUAUCCUCUUCGACGCAACCUUCAAAUACUACGUGACCGGACAAUUGCACCGACCACUCGAUGUCUGCCCGCAAGAGUUCUCCACUGAAUUGGCCUACUGGAAGAUCAACGACGGACUGAUGUCCAACUGUUGUUGGCGUGGAUACAACAUGUUAGUUUUGCCCGGGACAAAACAAUAGGAAUUCAGAGAGAGCGAGUGUAGUAAACAUAACAAGUUUUAGCACAAACAGAAAGAAAACUAUUCAAAAAGACGAGUUACCAGACGAGUAAGUUUUAGAGAACCUAAAUUUCCCGUUUUCAUUUUUCACUUUUCAACAUGUACACCCAUUAGCCGUGCGCAUUAUCAUCAUCCCCCUUUACAGAUUAUUUUGCUGCCAGUUUUUUGAACUAAUUAGCUUUUUCUUAUUCUUAUUCUCAUUCCAAGCAGUUGUUUGAAUAAUAGACGUGAUUUAUUGUGCACUUACACAAUACAUAGACAUUUUUCCAUCCGUCAACUUGAUAAUUUCAGGAGUGCCUCGCUGGAAGAGCUCGUGGCUCCCAAAGAAAAGAAGGUGAGUUGACUGAAAUCGGAGACUUUCUUCCGAUUACUCAUUGACUAUGCAAUGAAUGUACAUACUCUUUUGCAGAUUGAGCUGCACGAUCGCUCAAUGCGGUCACGGAUUCAUCAGUUUUGCGAGGGAGACGGAUCGCUUUUAUCGACACUUUUCACUUUUGGCAGUAUCACUUUUGUGCUUAUCAGUGUCAUCGGUCUUGUACUCGGAUCUAUUCAUGAACUUCAAGUGGGCAAAAGUUAUCAAGUAUAUCGAACUGUUUUUUUUUGUUUCAGGUUCCAAUCUACAAAAAAGGAGGAAAAUCGGAAAGAAUCAGCAACUGGACAUUUGGUAAGUAGAAACUCUUAAAGAAUUAAAAUAUAUUGAACCUUGUCGGUGAAAAAAAUUUAUUUCAGUAGUGAAACCCUUAGAAAUGCCUUUUUCAGCCGAUCAAAACGCAACUGACUCUUCAGGUGGUUUACCUAUAUUUUAUUUCUUCUCAAACUGAUUAUCUAAUUCGAGUGCUUAUCUGUCAUGUCUUUGAUGAGUAUGCCAAAUCAUUCUGACCGAGCACUUCCUAUUAUUUGUUUUUUUUUUCCUAAUUUAAAAUCAAGUCCCUCUAUCCCUUGAGAAAACGUCUUCUGAAAGUCAAAAGUCCGUUGUUUGCAUUCGUGUGAAUCCCCGACCCUGAUUACGUUGCUGUGUAACUUGGUGAAAAACGUCCUCAGCGAGAAAACUAGAAUAUUUCAGUUUCCGAGCAAUUUUAAGGUUUUCAGUUGAAAAUGAGAAUGUCAUCUGGGAGCCUCAUCCGGUUUUCGGAUAUGUCGAGACCAUUUGCAUCAUCUGGUUCACAGUCGAGUUCAUUGUUCGUCUUGCCGUAACCCCUAACAGGUAAAAAAAAACGAUCUGUUUUGAUGAACUGAGAAUCAAGUUUUUGUUUCAGAUUUCAAUUUCUGGUGGGAAUUAUGAAUAUCGUCGAUAUGAUUGCCAUUAUCCCCUUCUAUCUCGAGCUCACUCUUGCCCUUUUCGGAAUCGACGUCGCCAGUCUCAGUGACAUCAAAGGAGCUCUUCUGGUGGUCCGAGUGCUCCGUGUGCUUCGUGUUGUCAGAAUUUUGAAACUUGGACGGUAUUUGUUUGUGCCAGAUCUUGAUUUCAUUCACUUUUAUAGCUACUCUUCCGGAAUGCGUACUUUCGCCUUGACUCUGAAGAGCUCGGCCCGUCAAUUGGGAAUGAUGGGAAUGGUGCUUUCCACAGGAGUUGUCUUCUUUUCAACUCUUCUUUACUUUGUCGAGAAAGACGAAAAGGACACUCCGUUCACUUCGAUUCCAGCCGCAUUCUGGUGGGCAAUCGUCACAAUGACUACAGUUGGAUACGGAGAUUAUGUCCCGGUCACAGUUCGUGAGUUGCUUUUCAUUUUCAAUGUUUGUUAGUUGAUAUCUAUAUUUGUUUUUUUUCAGCUGGAAAACUGAUUGCAAGCGGUGCUAUAAUCAGCGGAGUUCUUGUUCUUGCCCUUCCCAUCACUAUCAUUGUUGAUAACUUUAUGAAAGUUUCUGGAAAGUGA